AUGUCCAAAGAGCUAGAGCCGUCGAAUAAUCUCAUCGAGGAUCGACCUGAGGAGGAGGAAGAUGAAGAAGACGAAGAAGAGGACGAUGACUAUGAUCCGGACAAGGAUGAUGAAGCUGGAGGUUCAGAAAUUGACGAAGACGAUGAGAUUGACGAUGAACCCUCAAAAAAGUCAGCAGCGAAGGGAAAGACGUUAAAUAGUGGUGGUGACAACAAUGGCACCAGCAACAACAACAGCUCGGCCAUCGAGGAAACCCCUGACGGACUGGUGAAGAUUGACGAAGACAAAAUAACCCUGCUCUGGAGUGAGUUUUGCAAAGACGAUGAUGAAAAAGCAGAAGAGAAGCAGCAACCUCCAAAAGUGGAAAAGGAGGUUGUCACGAAGCAGUACGACUUUGCCGGCGAGACGAUCACCGUUCAGGAGGAGGUGCUGGUCACAAAGCCUGCUAAUUCUAAAAGUAAUGACAAUCCUGCACAAUCAACUUCCACUUCCAACGGCAACUCAACUGUUGGUCCUCCAAACCGCCCGUCAUUUAAACGGCCCACUGGCGGCCUGUCCGGCAUUCUGGGCGCCCUGAAGAAGCCGAAGAUGAGCACGCUGACCAAGUCGCUGCACGACUGGAAGGACUUCAAGAAGAAGGAGAACCUCGAGGAGGAGCUCGGUCAGCACCGGCGCAGCAAGGACUCCUUUCUCGAGCGGCAGGCCUUCCUCGGGCGGACUGACCUGCGCGAGUUUGAGCGUGAAAAGUCGAUUCGCGACCACGAGCGCAAGGUGCGCGAGCAGAACAGCAAGCCGAAGCCUUGA